AUGCCGUCCAACGAAGGCCUUGUCUCUUUGGCGCGCGAGUUCCGCGUUCUGAUUGUUGGUGGCUCAUAUGGCGGGUUGAGCGCAGCGAUGACGCUGCUGGAUCUCUGCCGAGGUCGUCUCGCUCGUUUCAACUUCACACCCAAUGCACAACCCCCUCGACAUCGCAUACCCAUUCAGAUCACAUUGGUGGAUGAGAGGGACGGAUACUACCAUCUCAUCGGUUCCCCCAAAGCACUUGCCUCCGAGAAAUAUGCCUCAAAGACCUGGAACAAAUUUGUGGACAUCCCUGCGUUGAAGACUCCCGACGUCAAGUUUAUCCGGGGAAGCGUUCACUCGGUGGAUUGUCAGCACAAGGUGGCUCAGAUUCUUGAUCUGCAAACAAGGCGAUCAAUUGAGGAGAAGUACGACUUCUUGAUCGCUGCGUCAGGUCUACGCAGGGCUUUCCCGACGGUACCACAGUCUCUCGAGCGCGAAGAGUUCCUGCAAGAGACCAGGCAGAAUGUUGCAGCUAUCCAGAACGCAGAGGAAGGGGUGGUAGUCAUCGGAGGUGGUGCCGUUGGUGCCGAAAUGGCCGCAGAAUUGAAGGAUCUAUAUCCCAACCAGAAAAUCACUCUGAUCCAUUCCCGCGAUCGACUCCUUUCUGCCGAGCCCCUGCCUGACACGUUCAAAGAGCGUAUCUGCUCAAUCCUCCGCGAGCAGGAGGUAGAGGUUAUUCUGGGACAAAGAGUCGUCGACACCACUGCCGUUGAAACGGAAGGAGGGCGCCGUAUCUGGGAACUGACCCUUUCCGACGGCACUCAGAUCAAGGCCGGCCAUCUGAUGAACGCUGUCUCCAAAAGCAUGCCCACGUCCACUUAUCUUCCUAGGGAUGCCUUGGACGAGCAUGGGCUUGUGAAGAUUAGACCCUCCCUGCAAUUCCCGCGUAAUGUUCCCAACGCAGAUGAUCACUUCGCUGUCGGUGAUAUCGUUUCUUGGUCGGGAAUCAAACGCUGUGGCGCUGCCAUCCACAAGGGCCACUAUGCGGGGACCAAUCUUCAUCAGCUAAUGUUGGCGCAGGCCUUGAACGCUAAGCCUGAAUUUGUUACUCUGACGCCGCACCCGCCCGUCAUGGCUAUUGCUCUGGGUAAGACUGCGGUGGCGUAUGACUCGGAGGGUGGACUACAGGAUGGUGAAGAGACGUAUGCUACCAUGUUUGGUGAUGAUAUGGGUUUCAGCAUCUGUUGGAAUUACAUGAAGCUGUCGGAGCCAUGCAAGGCUUAGAUUACGCUUGAGCCGUGUUUAUGUCCCUGACAAAGCAGGCAUUUGUCAGGCUUGGGACCAACCAAGGGGGCGACAAUAUAAUGGAUACUCUGGAAGAGUCGGAAUUCUAGCUUCAAGUGCUAUGUAGCACUUUCGAGGACUAAGCCGAUGCAUAGUCGGAUAUAACCCGAGUCCGGCAUGUUAUGAUUGUUUCUAGCUUCAGAAUGAUUGUCC